AUGGUUGCUGCUGCUGGUGCUUUAGUGGUGAAAAUGGUGAUUGCUGCCUUUGCAGGAAUGGGGGCUGCUACCAUUUGCCAUCCGUUGGAUGUGAUCCGCGUCCAGAUGCAAACAGAAGGAUCCGAAUACAAGAGUCCUCUUGAUUGCGCCACCCAAGUCUACCAGAAGAAUGGUCUUCGUAAGGGUCUAUAUGCUGGUAUUAGUGCGGCGUAUUUAAGACAAUGGUUGUACGGCAGUUGUCGCAUUGGUAUUUACGCCUUCCUUUUGGAAAAUGCCCAACAAAAGAACCUUGCCGAAGGUUUGCCAAAGAACCAAAUUGCCUUGGGAGCUCGUUUGUUGAUGGGAAUGACAUCGGGUGGAAUUGGCAGCUUUGUGGGAACUCCCAGUGAAUUGGCCUUGGUUCGCAUGUCCAACGAUUCGAAGCUACCAGACAAACAAAAACGAAACUACAAUGGCGUUGUGGACUGUGUGAGUCGUAUUGCCAAGGAAGAGGGAGUCCUCAAGCUAUGGACCGGUGCCCAAGUGACUGUCAUUCGGGCCAUGUUGUUGAGCGCUUGUGCUUUGGCCUUUACUUCGGAAAUCAAAUUGCGAUUGACUGGAACUGGAAUCUUUGGGGAUAAUGGACAAAUGCUUGGAGGAGUUCCACUAUUGUUCUGUGCCACUUUGGUCAGCUCGUUGAUUGCCAAUAUUGUUUCCAACCCAUUCGACGUCGUCAAGUCACGAAUGCAAAACCAACAGACGGCCAAGGAUGGUUCCAAGCAAUACGCAAGUAUGAUUGAUUGCUUUGGACAAAUCAUCAAGAAGGAUGGUGUCCCCAGGUUGUGGGCUGGCUUUGUUCCGGCCUUUCUCAAGUUGGCGCCCUACACUGUGAUUAGUUUGAUUUUGACGGAAAAGAUUACCAUGGCUAUCACAGGAAAGGCAGCGCUGUAG